UUGUAGGUGAGUUUUUAUGCCAGUGUUAUAAUGUUAACAACAGUUUUUCUGUGGAAGAUUUUUCGCAGACAAUGCCACUAUGAAAUUCCUGCAAGAGAUAUUAGCAAAGGGCAUAGUUGGUGUGUAAUUGAUAUAUUUUCCCAGACAGCAUAUUGCAGCAUUUGCAAAAGUCUGAUUGUUGAUGGAUGGUAUUGUGAUUCAUGUGGAGUUUAUGCUGAUCAGUCAUGUUUUAAGAAAGCAGAUAAAAGUGUUUAUUGCAAAUCUUUAUCUGGAGUUGGAAAUUCUAUGAAACACCAUUGGGUGAAAGGAAACUUAAAAUCUGGAAGUAUUUGUGAUGUCUGUGAAACAAAUUGUGGUACAGAAGAUUGUUUAGCCGAUUUUCGUUGUUGUUGGUGUCAAAGAACAGUACAUUCUGAUUGUCUUCAAAAAAUGUCAGAAAUAUGUGAUUUAGGUCGUUUCAAAUCAUUUAUUGUUCCUCCAUUUUGUGUGCGUCUGAAAUUAGUAGGCAUUAAAGGAAGACGUCAUUUAGUAGUUUCAGAAGUUCGACCACCUGUAUUUAAGCCAUGGAAUCCAUUGAUUGUAAUUGCUAAUCGUAAAAGUGGAAAUAAUGAAGGAAGUUACAUUUUAAAUGCUUUCCGAUCAGUUCUUAAUCCUGCUCAGGUAAUUGAUAUACAUGAUGUGUCACCUGAAAAUGGAUUGGAGUGGUGUCAUUUAAUAUCAAAUCAUACAUGUCGUAUUUUAAUUGCUGGAGGAGAUGGAACUAUAUCUUGGGUUUUAAACAUUAUUGAUAAAUUAAAAAUUGAGGUAUACAUUACAUUUUUACAUUUCUCUAAUAUUAUAUUUUCAAAUAUAAUUCUAAGACAUUUCUGUUAUAAACAUGAAGCUGAAUAUACAUCACAGUCAUCAAAAUUUUAAAUUGUUUUAGAAUUUAGCAAUUAUAAGCAAUUAGAUUCUUGGCUUUAAUUAUAUUUCUCUAUAUUUUUUUGUUUAACAAAUAUUGUGUUAAACAGUAGGUCAAAUUAGUCUUCCGGAAUUUCUGUAGACUUUAUUGUUUUUUAAAUUUGUAAUAAUAGCA